GAGGGGCCCUAAUGCGGGGCAAAUAAAGUUUUUCCUAAUUCUGACUGAAACAUACGCAGAUUCAAACAUCCGCAUCAUGGCCGGCGAGGAAACACACACAAUCUCAAAAGAAGUAAGCUCUCCCGUCAUUCAAAAGUCCAUUUCUUAUAUCCCUGUUCUCAAUAUUGUCAACUUCACCCUGGUAACCAUCCUGCCACCCAUUCUUGUGGUAGUCGGAAUGCUUGGCAACAUCCUGAGCUUCCUUCUCAUGAACCAAUCAAAGUACAGCAAAUCAACCACGUGUUUUUACAUGCGAUGUCUCGCGAUAUCUGACAGCGCUUACAUCUUUGGCCGAAUGAUUCAGCGGUAUCUACUCGUUGUCGCCUCGAACAUUCUAUUGGAACCAUCCAUCAAGACAUAUUUUUGUCUAUUUUACUUCGCAAUGUUUCAUUUUGGUUUAAUCCUGUCUCCUCUUUUAUUGACCGUCAUGGCAAUCGACAGAUUCGUGGCUCUAACCUGGCCACUGAAGGCUGCAACCGUCUGCACGAUGCGACGGUCGAAACAACUUGUAUUUGUGAUCAUUUCCUUGGGCACAGUCCUGGGGUGUGCACAACUCUUUCGGUCUUACCAUGAAGAUUUAAGAUCAUGGUAUUGCACGUAUCAUUUCAUUGGCCACCUUGUGUUUGACCAGGUGUUUAAUGCAAUCAUCAUUUAUAUACCUUUUGUAUGUCUUCUCAUCUGCAACAUCGGCAUCAUUCGUGCUAUCUUCAUAAGCGCAAGAGAUACUAGUCUGUCAAGAAGAAAACGACCUUCGUCUAUAGAAACAUCUAUAACAAAUACCACUCUAAUGGUAACAUGUAUAUUUAUCAUAAGUAUUAUACCAAAUAGAUUUGAGCAACUCUUCUGGUUGUAUCUCAAUUAUGACCCAUCUUCGGAACUUAUAUUUCAUAUACAAGUCCUGACUGCCAAUUUUGCCAUCUUCAUGGAAAGUUUAAACUACUGUUUGAACUUCUAUAUGUAUGUGUUGUCUUGUAAACGGUUUAGAAAGGAGUUACUGAUCAUAAUUACGGGUCGCUAUGAAACAUUGCGAAAAUCAACGCAGUUAUUCUCUCAUUAGUAACUUAGAUAGAGAUGAGAACAGAAACGUUGGAGGAAGAAACCGGAGCCCCCAGAGAGAACCUACAUGUACUUGUAAUCGAGUGUCUCCCUCUAUCUUUCAUUUGACAAUUCAAAAUGCUUAUCAAGCGAUGUCAUCUUUAAGAAAGAAAGUAAAAACGAUUUUGAAAGGAGUGCUUGAUGCCAAAUCAUUAGUGUAAGAAAUGG